GUUAUAAAAGAACGAUUAUCAUAUCAACAACAUGUAGUAAAAUUAAAUGAUAUCUGGUUAUGAUUCAGCAUUAUUUUUUUAGAUCGUAAAUCACUUCAUAUCUUACAUCACUGUCAUUAUAAUGUCGGUACCGGUGGGAGCAUGUGGUUUGAUGUAAUCGGUUUCUCUCGCUCAGUCUUGUGAUGCAUGUUGCACGCAAUCGUUUGGAGAGACAGCAUUACAUCUUCAUUUCUGAACCGUGUUUGUUUUCUGAGGUACUUACUCUUAAAACAAAAUGUGUCUGAGAAGUGUUCCCGCUAGUUGAAAAUGUGAUAUUGCUUUAAGUGACAAGGCGCUCUGUGUUCACUCACACGGGAAUACUUUAUUUGAGAACCAACCGCAAUCCUGAUUUUUGUUUCAAGUAGUUGUGGAAGUGAAAACACAUGGACACUCGCGAUUUUACCGUGGAAAAUAAUGUCUAUAAAGGACCGGUGGUUAAUUACACAGACAUCUAUAAAAGUAUCGGACACAUGAUAUGGGAUAAACUUAAUAGCCAUGGAAAUAAAAUCGCACAUUUGGACGCACGUACGGAAGAAACGGUCACAUAUGAGGAACUGCAAGUUAAAACUGUGAAAUGCGCGUUGUGGCUGAAACACCAAGGAAUCGGACGCGACGAUGUCGUCAGCAUAUGCAGCAAUAACCACUUUAAUUCAAUCGUGCCGUGCUUAUCGGCGACUUAUGUUGCUGCGAUCUUUAACACAAUGAACGAAGAUAUGGAUUUGCCAACCGCGUUGCAUUGCAUAAAACUGAUCAGGCCGAAGGCGAUUUUCUGCACAGCGAAGCCUUUGGAUGUAAUUCGUAAAGCGCUGAAGGAGACGAACUACAACAUCAAAGUGAUAGUUUUCGACGAUCAUUCCGACGCGUUUUCGUUCUCCAAUAUCCUCAACGGUUACAGCGACGCGGAGGUGGCGAAUUUCCGAUAUGUCAAGGCCGAAGAAAACAGCUUGAAGAAAACUGCGUGCAUUUUGCACUCGUCAGGCACCACGGGAAUGCCGAAAGGAGUCGAAAUAUCUAAUUACACUAUGUUGGUCCUGGCUUUUGAAGACGCCAUGGACAUGAAUAACGAGGUGUCGCUUUGGUUCUCGUCUCUUUAUUGGAUGAGCGGAGUAUUUCUGAAUUUGGAAGCGAUCGCGCAAGGCUCCACAGUGCUUCUUUAUCCGGUAUUCGACGAGCAGAUGACGUGCGUGUUGAUUGAAAAAUAUAAGGUGCACACAAUUUUCUUAAGCACGAGUAUGAUGAGUCGAUUUCUUAAGGCCGGUUAUAUAAAGAACUAUUCAUUAUCGUCUUUGAAAGUUAUACUUGUCGGUGGUGCGAUUCUCAAGCCGAGUGUGCAAGAGGAUCUGAAGAAUUUGUUACCGCACGUCGAUAUACUUCAAGCCUACGGUAUGACGGAAGUCGGAUUUGUGACGCUGCAAAAUUCGAAGCACAAGAGCGGAUCCUCCGGCACGGUGGUCAAUAAUGUGCAACUAAAAAUUGUGGAUCCGGACACCGGCAAGAUUCUGGGUCCGAAUCAGUCGGGUGAGGUUUGUGUGAAGUCGGCAAACAUAAUGAACGGCUAUUACAAUAACCCUGAAGAGACGAAGAAGACGAUUGACGAGGACGGAUGGCUACACACAGGCGACAUUGGGUACGUCGAUGAGGACGGGGAACUGUUUAUUUGGGAUAGAAUAAAAGAACUCAUGAAGUACAGAGGGUUUCAAAUCUCACCCGGUGAAAUCGAAGCGGUAUUAAGUACUCAUCCAGCGGUGUGCGAAGUCGCGGUAGUGGGAGUGCCACACGAAAUAGACAACGAUCGCCCGCUUGCCUUCGUUACCAAAAAAUCCGGCGCCAAGGUGACGGAGCAGGAAUUAAUCGAUCACGUGGCGAACAACAUGAUGGAUCAGUACAAGCUUCGUGCUGGCGUCAUAUUUCUCGAAAGUUUUUCAUAUACAGGUUCUGGGAAGAUUUUGAAAAAAGAUCUAAAAGCAAUGGCUAAAAACUUGGCUGUAGAUUGACAUAAUAAAAACAUUUAACUAAAUUAAAGUAAUUACUUAAGAAGUGGUAUUUGGCUUUAAAGUUAAAAACUUACAAUAGGAGAAGGACAAAAUGUUUGACGGUUA